AUGGUUAUUGAACGUACCAAUGCUAAUAAUGACAAAAUUGAAAUUGCGUUAGAAAAUGUGAAGAGCCAUGAUUCGAACAAAAGAAUCCAAGGAAUUAAGUUAUUUAUUGACAUGAUAAAAACAGACUACAUUAUUUUAUCAGUUGAUAUGAUUCGAAGGCUACAGCUUGCUUUCGAAUGCGAGCACAACAUAGAAGUGCUAUUGCAACUUUCAAAAUCCUGUACGAAUUUGGGUUUAAUUUCACUAUUUGAAGAUAAGAUUUGCCAGCUAAAUAUUAAUGAGUUCGAUUUCUUUAGCAAGGGGUGCAUUAUUAAUACUUCAAAUGAAAUAAUUUACAACGCUUACAAGAAUUAUUCUACUGAAGAUCAUACUUCUAAAAGUAAAUCAGAUCGAAAUUUAUUGCUUAAGAUAGAAAAAAUAAUGUCCAUAGUACCAAUUUUACAAGACAUUGCUGAGCUUGAUGAUGUUUAUGUAAGGAUGGAAACUUUGAAAUCUCUUAAAUCGCUCAUUAAUAUUAUAACAUUUAUUAUUGAAGAAUACUUAAAUAGUAUUCAUGGAUGUGCUAAAUACAAUGAAUUAAAGUUAAUGUUCAAUAAAUCUCUUGAAAUAUUUCAGAAAUUAGCGAAUUCAGAUAUACUCAGUCACAAAAUUCUAUCAUGUCAUAUCAUCCCUCUAAUACUGGAACAAAAAAGGCUUUCUGAAAUCUUUGAUGAAAAAAAUAUUUUACUCACUAAAUAUUCCGAUUUUUGCGUUCACCCUGCGCCUAUGUUAAGAAAGCAUGCGUCUAAAGUAUUCAACUAUAUUUUAGAACAAAUUGAAAUCGAAGAAGGUAUAAUUGAAAUUCUCGUAUUUCCGAUGAUUCGGAAUUUCUGUUGUGAUGAGCAAGAAGGUGUGAGGUUAAUUGCAAUUAAAAAUAUAGAGGCAUUUUUUUUGCAAAUUACUGAAUUGGCACAAUCGAAAAGUGAAUAUAUUAAAAAUGUCUUUAUUUUUUUUGAAAAGUUACAACCUUUUAUAUUUAUACUUUAUAAUGAUGUUAGCUGGAGAAUUAGAUCCAGCGUAUCAAAGCCGAUAAUUAAUAUUUACUCAAAAUUGUUUCAUUUAGUUAAUUUAAAAGAGGCUGAAAAUGUCAAUAUUUAUAGUAUUAAAGAUCCUUCAACGAAUGUAUUUAAUAAAGCACAGAGAAUUGAAAAUUUAAACACUGAAUAUUAUGAGAACGGAUCUCAAAAUUUACAUGUUUCAUUUGAUGAGAAUAACAUGUGUUCACAUCCUCAAUCAAAAAAUAAUUCAGAUUUAAGCAAUAAAGAUUAUUUGGAUAAACUAGCACUCAUCUUAACUCAGUUAUUAAUGGAUCAAGAACCCGAAACAAGAAUUAGUACACUUUCAAAUAUAUUAAGAACAGUCGAAGAACAAAUACUUAAAUCUAAGUCUAUUGCGGCAGAUAAUAAACUAGAAAUUUCAUAUAUUCCAAAGCUACUUUUUUAUGAUGUAAUUAUUAAAGAAAUAAACAACAAAAAUUCACUGCUUACAGAUCAAAAUGUUUCAGUAAGAAUAAACUUGUCAAGAAUCAUUAAGAUGAUAAUAUUAAUUAAAGUAAACUUUGAAAUCGACGAAUAUAUGAAUAUAGAACUCGAAAAUGCUUUUGAUAAUUUAGUUGCAAAGUUAAUUCAUGAUGAAGAUGGUCAAGUACGGCAAAGUGCUGUCUUGGCUCUCUGUUCUGGAGUCUCAGAAUCCAUUGACACUAAUUUUUUGAUCAAUAAAAUUAUUUUACCCCAUUCAGGUUCGAUUAUUAAAGAUAACUUCUGGCGAGUCAGGUAUUGUUCUGUAAUCUUUCUUACUUUGUCUCUUUAUAAAUUGUUAUCAUCACACUUUGAUGAAGAAGAGAUUUGGAAUGGUAAAAUAAAUAAAAAUUUAGGUGAAGGCAUUCAAGAUUUUCUUAAUUGCUAUAAGGGAACGAUAGAUGUAUUGAUAGAACUCAUAAUUGUGAAUAUUCGAGAUAAAACGAGUAUAGUUAGGCAGCUUACUUCUAUCUUUUCAUUGCCAUUAUUGUCUUUUUGGUUUGGGUUUGAAUGGACAAAAAACCAACUUUGGAACAAGAAUAUACUACCAAUGAUAACAAGUGAAAAAUCGUACAUGAUUAGAAUAACAGGCUUGCUUUCAGCCAAUUCAAUUAUGUCAGGAAUGAGUAUUCGUUCAUUUAAGGAAUUGCUAGAUGUUAUUAAGCACAUUAUACAACUCAUUUUCAUUGUAGCCCCUACAUUCGAUUCGAUAAACGAAGAACCUCAAAACUAUCAAGAUCCCUCAGAAGAAAAUAACAAUUAUUUGUCCUUGACUCGAAACGAAGUUAUUGAUGAAAACACCGACUUCUUUGUAAAUAAUGGCUCACCUCGUAGGUCGAAUUUUUGCCCACACAAUAAUCACCUGGCCGAAUAUCUUCCCCUAAUUAAUGCUUCUAAUUUAAUUUUAUCGCUUAAUCCAUCAAAAACAAACGGUAUUACUAUAAAACCUAAGAUUAGCUCGUUUGAUUAUGAAUUACAGUUGGAGAUUAUUUCAGUUAUCUUGCAGUAUUCAGUCAACGAUAUCGUCCCUAAUGUCCGGAUCAAGGCAUUUCAAACAAUCGAUUCAAUUAUGAAUCGAAACAGACUGGGAAGUUUUCAAAAGUCAGUAAUUGACCAGGUGAAGUAUUCAUAUGAGAAUGAUCCAGAUCAUGAUGUAAGGACUUAUUGUAGGUAUAUCUUGAGAAACUCCGUUAAAGAUGAAAUCGAGCUCGGAAACAUGAAGAUUAUAUAA